AUGGAGACUGUAGAAAAAAAAAUUCUCAAAAAAAAUCCUAGUGAUUUAGAAAAAGAAAUUGCUCAAUGUUUAAUUGAUAUAGAAUUAUCCAGUUCUUCAGAUAUAAAAAAUGAUGCAAAAGAAAUAAGAAUAUUAUCAUGUGACUUAAUAGAAGUUGAAAAAUUAAAAAAAAAAACUAUAUUAAUUUAUAUUCCAUACAAAAUAUAUGUUACAUAUGUAAGAAAAAUACAAAGAAAAUUAAUUAAUGAAUUAGAAAAAAAAACAAAAAAAUAUGUUGUAUUAGUUGCUAAAAGAACUAUAUUAAAAGCAAAACAAAGAACAAAAGCUUUUAAAAUUAUACCAAGAUCUAGAACCUUAACUAGUGUUUAUGAUUCAGUUUUAGAAGAUAUUGUAUCACCAAGUGAAAUAAUUGGAAAGAGAAUAAGUAUGAGAUCUGAUGGAAAGAGAAUAUUCAAAAUAAUGUUAGAUGCAAAAGAAAGACAAAGAGAUAAUAUAGAAGAAAAACUUAUUAGUUUCGCAGCUGUUUAUAAAAAAAUUACAAGAAGAGAAGCUGUAUUUUCCAUGCCACCAUCUAAUGAAAAAUAA